AUGGCGAGAGAUGUGACUGUAAGUAUACCAGUCGAGUCUACAGACACGUCCACUACCAGUCAAUCUACGCUAAGGACGCCUCCGCCCUGUGUGAACGUCAGAGCAGUGGGGUCCCCGGUGCAACAGGUCGGGGACGUAAUCAGGGGGAAUACAGACCCUGCCCCCACAGAGGGGGGCAUUCCGGUAUUCACUUCUGGUACUAUCGACGUUUCACCGAAUGUUGAGCCUUCUGGAUCAUUCAGUAUAAAAGACAAAAUUAAGGAAUCACGUCAACAAGCGUUGGACGUACGAAGGACUUCUUUGAACCCUUAUAAGUCUACGCGUGCGGAUAACGCGCACUCGUUGCCGAGGAAAAAGAGGUCGGAAAUUGAAAAGGAGUUAGCGCAGAGGGAGUAUGAAUCCGCUAAAGCUCUUGAAAAGCUGGCUCGAGCGAAAUUAUUGGCCAGCCAGGUAAAGGCCUCUAUUUCUGUCAUCAAAACCUUGAAGAAACCACAGUAUCUUCACUCACCAGAAACUUCCAAGUGCAUAAGGGAAAAAAUGUCAGUGAACAUGUUCGAUAGAUACGUUGCCUUUUAUAGCCGAUACAGAGAUACAGAAAUAGCCGACCUAGAAAUAAUUGAUUUAUUCCUUACCGAAGAAGUACAGAACUAUGGAGUUUUCGCUCCACCUGAAAUUAUUGACACCAUAAAGCCGCAAUAUGCAAACAUGGGAAGGACAGUUCACGCUAUGUUAGAGCCAGAAGAGAGAAAACAAGAAUCACCGUCGACGAGUCAAGAAAUAGCCAUUCGCACAGUUAAGAGUGCAUGUAACUUAUGUGAUGAGAAUCAUGGCCUAUUAGAAUGCAAGAAAUUCAGAGAAGCAAGCGUAGAUGAACGAUGGGAAAUUGCGAAGAAAGCUAAGAUAUGUUUCAAGUGCCUUCGUUACAGACACCAGAGACUGGACUGCAAGGCUCCACCCUGUAGGAGAUGCAGGAGAUACCACCAUGUAGCUCUUCAUUCUGAAAGACCCGCACCAGCUGCAGUCCAGCAGAAGAACGAGUCGUGCAACAAUGUCGACUACGAAGAUGAAACAUAUCACGAUGAAGAUGAUUACUAUUCUGAUAAUGAACCAGAAGAGAAAAUUGUAUCCAUCAAUACCACAGUGACUAAAGGAAAGGUGUAUCUGAAGAUGGUGCCAGUGAACCUAUAUGGCCCAAAAGGAAAAGUCCGAGUAUUAGCAUUGUUAGAUGAAGGAUCUACAAUUACACUGGUAGAUUCCUCGAUUGCAGAGAAGAUUGGAGUUGAAGGAAAGAGAGAACCAUUGACAAUAGAAACGGUUGGUGGAAAAGAAUUGAAGAAGAAUAACUCUUUGAAGGUCAAAUUGAAAAUAAAAGGCGUCAACAGUAGAGAAAUAAUGACAAUGGAAGCCAGGACAAUGGACGAUUUGAAGUUGUCAGAACAAGAAGUUGAUACAGACGUAAUAAACAAUUGUCCUCAUUUAGUAAAAAUCAGAAAAGAACUCGUUUACACCGGUGAAAAGCCUCAGCUUCUUAUAGGACAGGACUAUUGGGAAUUGAUUGUCACAAGGAAACUAUUAAAAGGAAAGGCCACCAAACCAGUGGCAUCACUUACAAGACUAGGAUGGGUUCUGCAUGGAUUUGAUACAAGUGCUAAUGCCGUAGUUAACUUCGUUAACCAUUGCCGAACUAAGGAAGAUGACAUAGAAGAAAUCGUCAGAGAACACUUCAAACUGGAGUCUUUGGGAACACAACCUAAUUUGCCGAGUAAUGACAGUGACCGAAGAGCCUUAGAAGUUCUAGAGAGUACCACGAAGAAACUACCAAGUGAUCAAUACGAAACAGGACUCUUAUGGAAAAAAGAAGAUGAAACUCUACCGAACAAUUACCAUCAAGCUCUUCGACGACUUAUGAAUAUUGAAAAGAAACUAGGCCGAGAUGAUGCAUUAAAAGAAUCUUAUACAACGCAAAUAGAGAAGUUGUUGGAAAAGGGUUACGCAGAAAAGGCCCCAGAAAAUACCACUAGCGGAAGAACCUUUUAUCUUCCUCAUUUUGCAGUCGUUCAUCCAAUCAAGAAGAAGCCAAGAAUAGUGUUCGAUGCGGCGGCAAAAUUUGAAGGUAAAAGCCUUAAUGAUGCGCUACUAGCAGGACCGGAUUUACUUCAAUCUCUGUUUGGAGUAUUGUUACGAUUCAGAGAGGGUCCAGUAGCAGUGGUGGCCGAUGUUCAAGAAAUGUUUCUCAGGAUAAAGAUAAGAGAAGCGGAUAGAGACAGCCUUAGAUUCUUAUGGCGUGGAGAAGAUAGAAAAAAGAAACCUGAAGAAUAUCGGAUGACUUCGGUAAUCUUUGGAGCUGCAUCAUCUCCAGCGACCGCCAUAUACGUCAUGAAUAAAAACGCUAAGGAAUACGGAAAAUCUUUCCCUGAAGCAGUGAAAGCAAUUGAAAAGAACCAUUAUAUGGACGAUUACCUGCAAAGUUUCAGGACCACUGAAGAAGCAAAGCAAACGGCAGCAAAAGUGAAAGAAAUUCAUGAAAAGGCAAGUUUUCACUUGAAAGGCUGGGCUAGCAACGAUGCGAGAGUAAUUGAGGAAUUCAGAGAAAACAUACAGAAUGAUUCUUUAGAACUCACGAAAGAAGAAAAAACUCUUGGUUUAAGAUGGUUGGUAAAAGAAGAUGCAUUGGCUUUUAAUGUUGGUUUACGAAAUACCUCGGAAGAACUCAUGAAUGGGAGGAAAAUUCCCACCAAACGAGAAGUAAUGAGCGUUGUCAUGUCAACAUUUGACCCUUUGGGAUUUGCGACACCUGUAUUAAUUCAGGGGAAGAAAUUAAUUCAAGAUAUUUGGAGAACGAAAAUUGACUGGGAUGAAAAAAUUCACGAAGAUCAAGUGAAGUUAUGGUUGAAGUAUUUGGAAGAAGUAUCCACUCUAAGAGAAUUAAAAAUCGCAAGAUGUAUCUCACCGUACUCACAAGAAGGAGAAUUACAUACCUUUACAGACGCAAGCGAAGAAGCUUAUGCCGCAGCCGUGUAUUGGCGGACUAUAGGAUCUGAUGGGAAGAUACACGUUACGCUAAUUGCAGGGAAAGCAAGGGUCGCACCGACGAAACCCAUUUCGAUUCCAAGGCUAGAACUGCAGGCCGCCUUACUAGGGACAAGGUUAGCAGCGACAAUAGAACGCGAAAUGGAUCUACGUGUGCUAAAGAAAGCAUAUUGGACCGACUCAAGUACAGUGUUGCAAUGGAUUAAAUCUGAUCCUCAAAAAUUUAAAACCUUCGUAGCUCACCGGCUGGCUGAAAUCGAGGAAUUGACAAACGUUGGAGAAUGGCGGUGGGUGCCUACUAAAGAAAAUCCAGCCGACGAUGCGACGAGAGGGACGCCAAAUGACUUCAACCAAGCAGCAAGAUGGUUCCAAGGCCCUUCUUUCUUGCGCAAAAACGAAGAUGAAUGGCCUGUGAGAAGAUUUAAAAAAGCAAAUGAAAAUCUAGAAAAGAAAGAAAGAAGGCGACAAGACAAAGGAAGAAUAAUACCGUCAACGCCGCCAAGCAGAAGGAAGAGAAAUGGAAACCAAACUCAAACCCAGAGGAAGAAAGGACGAACAAUAAUAGAAACAAGGAAGAACGCGAAUUACAGACGCGCAAACUACCGGAGGAAUGCCAAGACGUCCUAG